CCCACACCCAUAUCUUAUCUUCAUCUCUAAAAUACGGAUCUGGACGGGAUGUAAGAAAGUGCAAGAACAAAAAGUGGAUGACAUGGGAUAUUGUUAGGCAUCAUUUAUUUGAAAAAGGUUUUGUGGAAGAUUAUUAUGUAUGGGAGGCACAUGGGGAGCCACAUAAAUCAAAUGGAUUAGUUUAUUUGGAUGAAAGUAGCUCAUCUCAUGGCAAUACAUCUGAAGGGCAAUAUGAUCCGUACAAAUCAAUGUUUGAAGAUGCAAUAAGGAAUGAACUCCCAACUAGAUUUGAUCACGGUGAGGGUGCAGAUGAACCUUGUCCUAUCACAACACAAAUGUACGAAAUGUUGGAUACAAUGAGUCAACCGUGUUUCGAUGGCUGUCCCAUGAUGCAGUUGAGUGCAAUGACAGAAAUGCUGAAUAUAAAGACAGAGAUGCAUUUAUCAGAGGCUGCGACGGGUAGAAUUUCUCAAUUCGUAAAUAGGUUUUUCCCGUCAAGCAUCCCAAACAAACCAAUUCCAAAUUUCAACAAAAUCAAAAGAAAACUAUCUGUGUUAGGAAUGAGCCAUCAAUCCAUCGACUGUUGCCCGAACGGGUGCAUGAUAUAUUGGAGAGCACAUAGUGAGUUACUGGAGUGUAAAUUUUGCUCAACUGCAAGGUACGACAUUAGCAACCAGUCAAAUAAAUGUAUUCCACUUGCAAAAAUGGAGUACUUUCCUCUUACUCCUAGGCUGCAACGACUCUAUGCUUCAGCCACCACAGCAGAUGAUAUGAGGUGGCAUAAAUUUCACCACAGAGAGGAAGGAGUAAUGCGCCACCCGUCGGAUGCAAAGGCGUGGAUUCAUGUUGAUAAUGUUUAUCCAGAGUUUGUUGCAGAUCCGAGAAAUGUGAGACUUGGUCUAUACACAGAUGGGUUCCAACCUUUUGGUCAAUUUGGACAACAAUAUUCAUGUUGUCCUGUGAAUGUGACACCGUAUAAUUUGUCCCCAGGUAUGUGUAUGAAACAAGAAUUCUUAUUUUUAACUAUAUUAGUUCCCGGACCCAGGAAUCCAGCGAAAGGGAUCGAUGUGUACCUGCAACCACUGGUAGAGGAGCUUAAGGAAUUGUGGGAGGUUGGUGUCAGAACAUAUGACGCAGUUUCAAAGCAUAACUUCAAUAUGAGAGCGAUUUUGCUAUGGACGAUUAGUGAUCUUCCAGCAUAUGCCAUGCUAUCAGGAUAGACAACAAAGGGAAAGUUUGCAUGCCCAUAUUCCAGCAGUCCAACACCAUCCAGGGUGCUACUUCUAAAGAAAAAGAAGUUCUAACAUGAUUCCGGCAAAAGGAUUUGGGGCUGCCAUGCUAAAUAGGACAGGAGCUAACAAAACCCAAGAAAAAACCGGCAGCACAAGCAUCUCAAGACAACCAGCAAGUAACGGUCACUCAAGGUCAUCUACCCCGUUUGCAGUGAACAGAAAAAGUACAUCCUGGCCAGUGGGGAAAAAUAGGCAAAUUCUCCAACCGCCUCCGUCCCAAUAUAGCCAAUCUGAUGGUCUGAGACAUACGAAGUCAGCCACAAAUAACCAACAACGUGUGAUUGGGACACACAAAAACCUUGAACCAUUAUCUAAUGAGAGUAACUCAUCAACACUUGAAACUGGUGAGGAUCCACUAGAAGACAAUGCUGCCACACGCAUUUCAAAUGAAGAUAUCGAAGAGGAUCCCAAAGAAUGGAAGCCGGAAGUAUACGCUCAUCUUAAUUGGGGGGAAUCACCUUUGGACCCUUUCAGACCUGUAUCAAUUGCACAAUUUGAAAAGCCCAAUGUUGGUGUAAAUGCAAUCCGGAACCUAACAAACAUAGUUAUUUACCCAAGAAGUUUGAAAUUCCAGAGAAUUGUGGGUAAACAGAUCAGAUAUAAUUUGCACCCGGCAGGCCAACAUUGGAAAUGGGUUCCAGAGAGGACAAAGAAGCUUUAUUGGGAUCAGUUUCAGUUGUGAAAGAAUAUAUGAGGUCUGAACAAUUCAUAAGGGCAUCUAAGUCCGGUAAAAAAACGCAUGGCUGGUGGGGAUAGGUGCAAGCAGUAUGGGGGAUCCCGAGCUGUUGUUGAUGUAGCUACACAAGAGUUGAGGGCCACAGGCAAAGAAAUAAACCCCGUGAAGAUGUAUGGUACAUAUCACCCAGACAAAAGGAAGAAUGGAAAGCUUAUUACUUGUGCUUCACACGAUGUGAUAAAGGAAGUUUUGAGUAAACUGUACGAUGCUUGUCAAGAUGGUAGCCAACAACAAUCUGAACCUUCAAGUCAAGAGGAGAGCACUAAAACUCCUAGUAUCUCUUCAGCUAAGUUAUCUUCAAGAUACUUGGAAAUUGUUGGGUGCAACAAGAAAAGAGUUCUUGGAACGGGCAGUUAUUCAAAGGCUUUCCUUCAUCGAGUUAAUGCUUGCAAUGCAGAAUGCUCAUCUUCAUCAAGAGCUCGUCGGUUGAAUGAUUUUUGUGUUUUUUGGGAUGCACGCAUGAGGGAGUUCUUAAUUUCAGAAGGUGAUCAACUCCCCCCUGAAAUGCCAAUUGUGGAUGACAUUAUUCAAGACGAGGAACCUGACUCACAGCCCAAGAGCAUUGAACAAACGCGGCUGCCAUUUUUGAAAUCAAUGGGGAUCGAUGCAUCAACUUUCUUUGCCACAUCAGAAUCCUCUAAAGAAUCCAUGGACUCUCUUGAUGAAUAAUAUCUCUCAUUAGCCUUUCAAAAAAACUCUCUUGAAUUUUUUAAUGUGUUUUUUUAAUGUUACAUUUCACUAUGGAUUGAUGAAUGGUGAAUGUUUAUUUAUUAGCAAGCUUUUGACCAAUACAUAAAAUAUUAUGUGUUGAAAGUCUACUGAAUGUUUUGUUAUUUGCAUUGAGAAUUUAG